AUGUCCUCAUCCGUUAUCUCCGAAACGCUUGAAGUGAAUUUAGACCAUUUCAUGCAACCAGCUGGAGAAAUUGUUGAAUGCUUUGAAAGAUCGAAAUAUGAUCAAUUUCUUACUUUUUUGAAUGAGCAAGUUUUUUCAUCCAGAGAAACGACGGAUCUGUUUGUUCGUAAGAAGGGAUUAACUGCAAUAUAUGAAACCCUUUUCACAUACUCUUCCGAUGAUGAAAUGACGUCUCCUCUACUGAGUAUGAAAAGAUGUAUGAUCAUUGCAUUAGGGAUGUAUUUUAGAGAAGAACAUUUAUUUAACGCUCCAACUUGUUCAAUUAUCGUAAACAACACUGGACAACAAGAGAUUGAAACCAAUCUCUUUAAGAAUUACUUCAAUCAAAUAUUACUCUCCGAUAACGAGAAAGGUUGUUUGUAUAGGAAUAUGGACUAUGAGGGUAUUGGUAUUUUAAAAAUUGCAGUGUUUAAUUCGCUUUGUACAUUUGUUGAUGUUCAUGCUAGUGGAAUGGAUUGGUUCACCAAUGAGAUGGAAUGUUUUAGCAGGAUAUUUCCAACUUGUUUGAGAAGUGAUAAUAUUUAUUUAAGGCAAGCUUGCGCACAAUGCCUGCUUUUGGUUGUUCAAUAUUGGUAUAAGCUAGGUAACAAAGAAAUACUUCAAAAGUUUAUCAAUAUUUUGGAACCAUUUAAGAAAGAAGACAUGCUCGAUUUUUUAGAUUUUGUUUUGCAACUCAUAACAUUAAGUUUUAAUGAUCACAACAAUACAUUUGACUUUGCAAUGCUUCGACCCUUGAGUACAGAAAUUUUACAAAAUGCAUUGGCAGAAUCACAAUUGAUUGAACGUCUUGUACAUGACGAGACCAUCGCAAACGUACAUGAUUUACGAGUGGUAGAAAGACUCUAUGAUAUUUUGAUAUAUUUAUCAAAUCACAAUCUACUAAGUGGUAACAAACAAGUUAAUUCGUUGAAACUAUUGACUGGCAAAACAGAUGAUGUUGUUUCACACACAUGCGAAACUGUAGAGGCGUGUCUACUUUCCGGAGAUAUUGGCUACCAAAACAUUGGACUAAAAAUCCUUUCAAACUUUUCAAGCGAACUACUUCCUGAACAAUCAGCUCUAUCACUCUUGUCCAUUUUAGUAACCAUGUGGAAACGAAUGUUUGAGGAAAAUAAUGAUACACAAUACUUUAACAAUCUCAAAUGUCUUUCAGUGAAGCAAAAAGGCAAAUUUAUCUUAGCCAUCAGCAAGUGCCUUCAAAGAUUUAUGCAAAUACCAUCCACAAUCGAUUAUUGUGACAAGAAUGAUUUACAUGGCUUAUUAGUUUUCACAGUGAAAAUGUAUGAACAUAUCAAUAACUCUCUCUGCUCUAAAGUACUAGAAGUUCUACUUUGUUGGGCUUUGAAAGCCAAAAUUACUCUCAAGAAUGAGCAUAGCGAUUAUUUGUGGCAACUCCUUCAAAACAGUCUGAUUCCUGAUAUUGUUUCGCUAGUAGGAAAAAUUAUUCCACUUACAUGCAAAAACGAAGAAAGCAGGUUUUAUGAAAUUGUUACCACAAGAUUUUAUGAUAUGAAUUGGGAAUUGCGAGAUGCUGCAAUAGAUAUCAUCCGAACGUCUCUCAACGACAACACACACUAUGCAACUAUGACUCAAUUUGUUGCACAGAAAGACAUACUCUCACAUCUUAUAGGGAUUCUCUCGAAAAAGCUUCAAGACACUGAACAUUAUGUUGUCCUUACCACGUUCAAGACAUUACAUGAUUUAAUAGUAUUAGAACAUAGAAGAUCGCUUCAGUAUGAUUUUGGUAUGUCGUUAUUGGCAGAAAUUUUGAGAACUGCUUCAAGCAACCAUGAAUAUUUCAUCAAAAAGGAGGCGAUUGAAAUUUGUAAAAACUUAAUUGCACACAAUGUGAUUCCUUUCUCACAAGUGUUGCAAGACAGGACAUUAUUACAAAAUCUCAACUCAUUUAUUCACUCGUCCACUAUGGAUUGUGACGUAGAGGUAUCUCAACAAUUUCUAUUAUUUAUUUUUGAGAUUUGCAAUUUAGAGCAUGUUUCUACUUUUGAAAAAUUCAAAUUAUUUAUUGAGUUGGGAAUUGAAUCGUUGUUGGGAGAGUAUUUUGAGAAUAUUAUGGAGGACGCAACUUUCCAUCUUACCCAACAGAUUGUUAAAAAGCUUCAUGUUCUAAAAUUGGAAGACCGAGAUCAUUGCUCAAGCUAUUCGAGCAGCGCUUUGUGCACAGUAAUUGAUUCAUAUUUUCAGUCUCUCCAACAUGAAGAGCAUCACCAUGAAGGAAAACAAGAAAUUCCCAACUUCUUUAAUUUCAAUAAUGAAGAUUACGAUUGUCAAUGUUGUUAA